CGAUUGGCAACUGCCAUCAUCACUCAGAGCAGCUUCGAGAUUGUGUGCAGCCGCUCGAGAGAGAACACCCAACCCGGCCAUAAUCGGAAGCUGCAGCCAUGUUUCUAACCAGAUCCGAAUACGACCGCGGUGUGAACACUUUUUCACCAGAGGGGCGCCUGUUCCAAGUCGAAUAUGCCAUCGAGGCAAUCAAGCUCGGCUCGACGACAAUCGGCAUCUCCACCAAAGAGGGCGUGGUGCUAGGUGUGGAGAAGCGCGUGCAUUCCAGCCUGCUCGAGUCGUCUAGCAUCGAGAAGAUCAUGGAGAUCGACAAGCAUCUCGGCGCAGCGAUGAGCGGGCUCGUAGCCGAUGCAAGGACCAUGAUCGACCAUGCUCGCGUCACUAGUCAGAACCAUGCAUUCACGUACGACGAGGAGAUCAAAGUCUCAUCGGUGACGCAGGCAGUGUGCGAUCUGGCGCUGCGCUUCGGAGAGUCGACAGAGGAUGACGAGGCGAUGAUGAGUCGGCCAUUCGGUGUCGCAUUGCUCAUCGCGGGGAUUGACGAACUAGGGCCGCAACUCUACCAUGCCGAUCCGUCAGGGACAUUCGUGCGAUUCGAUGCGAAAGCAAUUGGGAGCGGCUCAGAAGGCGCGCAAGGAGAGCUGCAGGAAAAGUACACAAAGGACAUGUCCCUACACGACGCAGAGUUGCUGACGCUACGGGUGCUAAAGCAAGUGAUGGAGGAGAAACUGGACGAGAAGAACGUGCAGCUCGCCGUCGUCACCCCGCGCACGAGCGAGGACGGCAGGCCGAGCGGGCAGUUCAGGAUACUCAAGGAGGAGGAACUCAAGCCGCUCGUAGAGGCGAUCAAUUGAGCGUCUCGAGGCAGGUGCCGCUGGGCGGGCCAGGAGAGUUUGUACGAUAAGAUGGCAUCCAACGCACCGCAAGCGUAUGAUACACUGCAUUUGCCAUCACG